AUGGAUGAAGAGGAAGAUCAGUUGAUCGAAGUGGGUCUUGAGAUCAAAGAAAAUGAAGUUGUGAGGGAAGAAGUGGUAGCACCGAAACCGCUUGUGAAAGAAACAGUCAUUGAGCCUAAGCCGGUUGUUAAGCUUCCCUUUCCCACUAGAAACAAGAAAAAGGGACAGCAUGAGAAAAACUUUGAAAAAUUCUUAGAGUUGUUCAAGAAGCUGGAGAUUAACAUUCCACUAUUGGAGACACUUGAACAAAUGCCUACUUAUGCCAAGUUCAUGAAGGACAUCAUUUCGAAGAGGCGUACCGCCGAAACCAACCCGAUUAUUCUAACUGAAACUUGUAGUGCUAUUUUACAGGGUAUGAAGAUUUCGAUAAAGAAGAAAGAUCGAGGAGUUGUCACCAUCCCUUGUACUAUUGGAGACAGGUCAUUCAACAAUGCCCUUAUUGAUAUAGGAGAUAGUGUGAGUCUCAUGUCGUUAUCCAUUUACAAGAAGCUUGGUAUAGGAGUUGUGCAAGAUACCAGGAUGACACUCCAAUUCACCGAUAAUUCGGUCAAGAUACUGUAUGGAAUUGUGAAAGAUGUCCUGGUGAAAAUCGACAAGUUCGUAUUUCCAGUUGAUUUUGUAAUUCUAGAAAUGCCAGAAGAUGAAGAGAUCCCUCUCAUUCUUGGUAGACCCUUUUUGGAGACGGGAAGGUGUGUAAUCAACAUAGAAGAAGGAAUCAUAACGUUGAAGGUUUAUGAUGAGGAAUUAAAAAUCGAUGUUCGAAACACCAUGAAAGACAAGGAUGAUAUUUGUACCAGUCACACUAUAGAGGUUAUGGAUCAGGUGAUGACAUAUGAUAUCCCUCUAAAUGCACCACCGUCACCUUUGGAAAUAGUGUUGAGUUUGUCCAUUUCCGACAAUGAUAAAGAAGUGGAUGACGGGAACUCCCAAGCGCUAGCCUUGCUGGAUUCACAAACCCCAUGGAAAGGAUCUCGACCACACCGGUGGGAGGAUUUACGCCUACUUCACUCUAGUGAGGAGGAUGAAGAGCCAGAGAAAGGAACUGAGUUGAAACAACUUCCGGAGAACCUCAAAGAUGUGUUUUUAGAUUCUGAAGGAAAAUGUCCUGCUACUAUAAACUCGAGCCUAGAGAAUAUCAAAGAAGAGAAGCUCAUCCAAGAAUGGAAGAGAUAG